AACCGCGUAGGUUUUGUCUGGUUGCAGCGUUCCACAGAAUUAGAAACGAUCAAAAUGUGCCACUCAACACACUGCCACUGCCCCAAUUGAGCUACUUACCAUAAACAGCCCCAGGCGAGCCACUUUCCUCCUCCUUAUCUCGAACUUCAACUUUUGUUCAGCAAGACGGUCUGUGAGAGCUGAAUCAAUAAUUGAAGAAUGAAUCAGCCUAAAGUGAAGCGCCGUGUGGGUAAAUACGAGGUGGGAAGAACAAUUGGUGAGGGGACGUUCGCCAAAGUGAAAUUCGCCAGAAAUUCUGAGACUGGGGAACCCGUGGCUCUUAAGAUCCUUGACAAAGAGAAGGUUCUCAAACACAAGAUGGCUGAGCAGAUCAAGCGGGAAGUAGCGACAAUGAAGUUAAUAAAGCAUCCGCAUGUCGUUCGAUUAUACGAGGUAAUGGGGAGCAAGACAAAGAUAUUCAUUGUUCUGGAGUUUGUUACCGGGGGAGAACUUUUUGAUAAGAUUGUAAACAAUGGACGGAUGAGAGAAGAUGAAGCACGUAGAUAUUUCCAGCAGCUUAUUAAUGCUGUUGAUUAUUGCCAUAGUAGGGGUGUUUAUCACAGAGACCUGAAGCCUGAAAAUUUGCUGUUGGAUGCUUAUGGAAACCUUAAAGUUUCUGAUUUUGGAUUAAGUGCACUGUCCCAACAAGUCAGGGAUGAUGGCCUGCUUCACACUACCUGUGGAACACCAAAUUAUGUUGCUCCUGAGGUCCUUAACGACAGAGGCUAUGAUGGGGCAACUGCAGACUUGUGGUCAUGUGGAGUGAUACUCUUUGUAUUGCUUGCAGGUUACUUGCCUUUUGAUGAUUCUAAUCUUAUGAACCUGUAUAAAAAAAUUUCGGCUGCUGAAUUUACUUGCCCCCCUUGGCUCUCUUUCGGUGCAAUGAAAUUGAUAGCUAGAAUCUUGGAUCCCAACCCUAUGACUCGGAUUACCAUACCUGAAAUUUUGGAGGAUGAAUGGUUUAAGAAAGACCAUAAGCCCCCCGUGUUCGAAGAAAAGGAGGAUACAAAUUUGGAUGAUGUAGAAGCUGUCUUUAAAGAUUCCGAAGAGCACCAUGUGACUGAGAAGAAGGAAGAACAGCCAGUAGCUAUGAAUGCAUUUGAGCUAAUUUCAAUGUCAAAAGGGCUAAACCUUGCAAAUUUGUUUGAUAUAGAACAGGGAUUUAAGAGAGAAACAAGGUUCACAUCCAAAUGUCCUGCCAAUGAGAUCAUCAAUAAGAUUGAAGAAGCUGCGAAGCCUCUUGGUUUUGACGUACACAAGAAAAACUACAAGAUGAGGCUUGAAAAUAUGAAAGCCGGAAGAAAGGGAAACCUUAAUGUUGCCACAGAGAUAUUUCAAGUGGCUCCUUCACUUCAUAUGGUUGAAGUGCGGAAAGCGAAAGGGGACACUUUGGAGUUUCAUAAGUUUUAUAAAAACCUAUCAAUCUGCCUGGAGGAUGUUGUUUGGAAAACUGAGGAAGACAUGCAAGAAAUGAAGUAAAAUUCCAGUGUCCACUUUAAAGUGUUGUAUCCAUAAUGAUUUAUGUUCAUGCUACCUUGCAAAAGGUUCUAUUGUUCUAUGUGUCCAUUCUUUUCUUUCUUUUCUUUCCUUUUUUUUUUUUUUUUUUUUUUUUUUUGUUGGUAUCCAUAGAUUAGAUAGACAUGGCUUUACCGAUUGUUUUCCAUGUUAUGAUUGUUGUAAAGCAUGGACAGUUCCCAUAGAGUUGCAAUGUUUGUCUUUACACUUAAAAACAGAUGAAUCCUCAUUUGAUAUGAUAAAGAAAUUGUGUAU